AUGGUAGUAAAUCCAAUAUUUUUUAGUGAAAUUGGUAUUAUUAUUUUUCUUGAAAUCUUGGUUAAUGGUCAAUUUGAGGUUCACCAAUUUUCAUUUUUACAAGAACUUCAUCUUGACCUUUGA